ACUGUAUGUGGAUGGACCUUUUGGAAGUCCCUUUGAGGAAUCCCUGAACUACGAGGUCAGCCUCUGUGUGGCUGGAGGUAUUGGAGUUACACCAUUUGCAUCAGUACUCAACACGCUGCUUAAUGGCUGGCAAUGCUACAAGCUCAGAAGACUCUACUUCAUUUGGGUGUGCAGGGACAUUGAAUCUUUCCGUUGGUUUGCAGAUCUGCUCUGUAUGCUGCAUAACAAGCUUUGGCAGGAGAAUCGACCAGACUAUAUAAAUAUCCAGCUGUACCUCAGUCAAACAGAUGGAAUACAGAAGAUAAUUGGUGAAAAGUAUCAAGCCCUAAACUCAAGGCUUUUGAUUGGACGACCCCGGUGGAAACUCCUUUUAGAUGAAAUAGCAAAGUGUAACAGGCGGAAGACCAUUGGUGUUUUCUGUUGUGGACCAAACAAAAUCUCUAAGAUACUUCAUAAACUGAGCAACAGCAACAACUCUUAUGGGACAAGGUUUGAGUAUAAUAAAGAAUCCUUCAGCUGAAAGUCUGUUGGACUAGCAAGACUCUCUAGAAGAUAAAAGUGCAAUUUUUUGUUUGUACAACUUAAAAGUUCAGCUGUGGUUUAAACAGACAGAAAUGUACCAAAGAAUAGCACAAAUUUUCUUAUUUAUGAUUAUUUAAGACUGGAAAAUGAUGGAUGCAGCAGUAUACCAACAAAUAAUAAGUGCUUAUGCUCAAAGCCAAAUGUUCUCACACAAUAUUUGUGGCAGUGGUGAUUCUUUGGAGUUGUUUCUGGUAAUUAAAAAGUACAGAAGCUGGGGAGAGACACAGUUGCUUUAAAAGCUGAUGGAAGAACGAUCUGUGGAGUGUUUGAACUUCUUCCACAUCAGUCUUCUAAAGCUGGAUCAGUAAACCAAACCCCAGGUUAAUCCAAAUGACAAAACACAGUGCAUUACAAAGACCUAUUGCUUUUGUUGGUAUACAAAUCUCAUCAUGGCUUUGGGGUGGAAACACU